GUAUGGAAACGGGUGAGUUCGGAAUGAAAUUCACUUUAUAAGUAUAAAUAUAAUCCUCUAAACAACAACAAAGGCGGUAGAUAAUUGGUUUCUUGGUGUUACACCUCUCAUGAGGAUGAAUUGGUCUCCAUAUCAGAUGUUGUCUCCAGUUACGUCUCAGAUAGCUCUCUGAACACAUCCCUCCGCACGUCUAGACUUUUAAUUCAACUGGCUCUAUUGUCGCUCGACCCCAAAAUGCUGAGGACGUCGAGAAGAAUGGACCAGCCUCCGACAAAGACAGUGACAGUCUACAGGAACGGGGACGCUUUCUAUCCGGGAAGAAAAGUCGUGGUGAAUCCGCAUCAGGUAACGACUUUCGACAACUUUCUGACUAAUUUGACCAAGAAGAUUGAAGCUCCGUUUGGCGCCGUUCGGAGGCUGUACACCCCCACGCAGGGCCACAAGGUUCAGCACCUGGAGGAGUUAAAGCACGGCCAUGCCUACGUGGCUGCCGGAUAUGAGGUGUUCAAAACCUUGAAUUAUCUAGGAAUAACCAACAUGAAGCCACAGAAUAGGACAAUAAAACAGAUCCUACCUGUUGCUCACAGCAGAAUCGUCGCUUCAUCUCGCUGGAAGAAAGUGACGGAUGGGGUUUGCACCAUAAAGUCAGUAUCCCAACACAAACUGAAUAAUGUGCUUUGUCCUAGUGAGGGUCUAAGCUUAAUCUCAUGGAUUUUGUGCGAACUGUUUCUUAGUGUCUUCACAAACGGAGAGUUACUGAUUCCUGCAGCUAGAAUACGGAUCCCAAAGCACACGCUGAAAAGCUGGGAGAAUGUUUUAUCCAUGGUGACAGAGAAAGUGGCUCUUCGCACUGGAGCUGUCUUCAGGCUUUGCAGACUAGAUGGACGUCCUGUUUCUGGUCCUGGUGAACUGGAGAAUCACCAGCAUUACGUUGCAGUUGGUGCCGAAAAGUUCAAACCUCUUCCGUAUGAACAAUGGGUCCCCCACAGGGAUUUAGCCAAGGAAAACAACACAACUGAGGGCCAAUACAAUGAAAGGAAAAAACCUCAGAAGGAUGCAGCAACUCUUUCUCCCUCUCCCAGCCUGGGCAGGACUGUGACCAGUGAAGGCCAUGGAACCAUAUCUAGGAGUCACUGUGCUCUCCAACCCAUUCAUCUCCCUCCCGUCCAAACAGAGGUGAUAAGCGCUGCUCUCAUGCGGCUGCACACACCGAAAUAUGUAAUGCAGAAGGAGAGGCUGAAUGACCUCAGCCUUUCCACUGCCGUGUUUCCAGUUGUGCGUCUACGUAUACGUUCCCAGCCCCCCCCCUCCUCUGCACCCUCCUCACCACUCUCCCAGAUCACACAUGAGCUGAGGUUACGAAACCGACCGGCUUACCGCUGCGACUGUGCCACUUCUCCCUUUGAUCUGCUCCCCUCUGUAGAAAUUCAAAAGAACAACAACAGACAUUGUCUUUGCAUUAAAGAGAAGCAAACAAGUGAAGAAGCAGCUCUGCUAUUCCCCAGAUGCCAUGUUAGUGAGCUUGCAAACACCACAGCCAGGAGUGUAUUCUUUAAAAAGGACCUUAAGCUCACAGCCAGGGGCCAGAUGAAGGAGCACACAGCCAAUAUGGAGACCGUGGAACAGCGGAGGCAGGUGUCCAAAAUCCCAGCACUCUUCUCAGCGGGGGAGAGCAGCGUGUUCAACGCACAAAGCAAAAGGAAUGAGACGGCAGGAGCGACAGAGGUGCAGGAUGACCGCCAGGUGCAAGUGGACCUGCCAAUUGAUCAGGUUGAGGCUAAGACAGUAGAAGAAGAACACGUGGACGUGGAGGACGUGGGUGACAUGAAUGCCUCUCAGGACGAUUCAGAUGCCGAGUCUCUGCAGCAGUCUUCAUAUGAAGGAUCCCAAAACACAUAA